GUCUAGUUAACCCGUCUGGACUAUCCUUUGUCUGCUCAUACGUGACGGUGAGACGACUGCCAUCUGGCGCUAUUCUGCAUAUUAUUUUCCUCAUUUAGAGUAGACUAAGCCCUUUCUCCCAUUUUUCAUUUAUUCUGGUCAACUCUGCACGUAUUUAUUCAUGUGCUGGACUCGAUUGAAGUCCGGUGGCAUUAUCGGACAAUGCUACGAAGAUCGAUUCUAUUCAACGGAACCGUUGAUGAAAACGUGGAUUCGGGAGCUGAGACUGCCGAAUCUGAUUGCAGUAAGAUGACAUCAAGCAGUGAGCUACUGGCCAGUCGGGUCCAGGAGCCCCUGAUGAUGAGCAUGCACCUGCUGGCCAACCCUGGGGACUCUCUCCUGCUGCAGCACACCCUGGACCGCCUCCUCCGCUGGGUGUGCCCCAGCCUGCGCCUCUUCCAUGUCUCUGAACGGGCCUGCCCCCUCCGCGACUAUGCCCGCUCCCGCUUGUGCCCCGUGGCCGGGUACCCCUCCCUGGCUGUGACUGUCUUCCUCCAUGAGGCCUAUGGCGAGGAGCGCAUCCUCCGGGUGCUGGACUUCCUGCAGCGCCCACCCUGGCAGUACCACCACACGGAGAGCUGCGGUGGGAGGACCGGGGGCGUCCACAUUACCUCCACUUCCCCGGCCAAUGCCCUGCUCCGGCCUUACCUCCUGCCCAGCCGAGACUUCUACAGCCUGGGCACGGGGAUGCCUGUGUGGGGGGUGCGCCCGGUGCACUGCGGCGGGGAGAUGCUGCGGGUGACGCUCUACAGCAGCUACGAUAACUUUGACGACGCGGUGCGGCUUUAUGAGACAGUGCUGCAGAGGCAGGUGGAGGAGCAGAAGACUGGGUUCUGUUGGUUUACACUCUACACGGAACCGGGGCUGUGUCUGCAGCUGGCUCUCAAACAGCUCUCCCCAGGGGUCAGGGUGGAGGCCUGCAACUCAGCUGUGCUGCAGUUCAGGGUAGAGGAGAUGGGUCAGCUCGUGCCCCUGCUGCCCAAUCCGUGCACGCCCAUCAGCGCCACACGCUGGCAGACCGAAGACCUGGACGGGAACAAGAUACUCUUCCAGGUGAAAGCCCCAGAGCAGCCUCAGCGACCCCUGACCUGUGCCUUCCCUCUGACCUGCCCCAGCGUCUCGCCCAGAGGGCUAUUGAGGAGCGUCGUGUCGACCCCGCCAGCAGCCCACGCCCUGCAGCCCUGCGGCCAGAUGACCCCAGUGACCCGUCCAGGGAACAGGCCGCGCACCAACCCAAGCCUGGAUAGGCCUGUUUUACCCGGGGGUCUACGGUGUGUGGGAGGGGUGGAGAGCAUGGGCUCAGACAGCUGCUAUAGCACCCCUCCAGGCAGCUCCUGCUACUCAUCUCAGCGUAGCAGCCCCGCCACGCUAUCUGUUAACCACCCCCACGAAUCCUCCCCUCUCUCAUGCUCAGCCUCCCCGGUGCGGCCCUCCCUGUCCAUCUCCCAUCUACUGCUGGAGGAGGAGGAAGAGCCGGAGACCAACGUGGACACGGGUGUCCCCGUGACAACGACCCCGCGCUCGGACACAGACUUCACCAUGGCGACCAGCUCGAGGGACACAGGCGUCUCGGUGACGCCCCGUUCCGAGAGACCAGCCGCUGUGGGAGCCUCUUCCCUGGAGAGUCUGGCAAGGGAGCUGAGUGCCUGUCUACCGGAAGCUCACACACCUCCACCCCACCACAGGACUUGGGUUGUGAGCAGCUCUACCAAAGCUGCCAGUCCCGGGUGCAAGGCAGGGUCACAAGCCUGGGAUAGCGGUGUUAUCAGCUGGGCAUCGCCGGGUGAGAGCUACUCCAGAGGGCCUGUGGGGCCACAGACUCCUGCUAAGCCAGCAGCAAAGGCUCUGUCACCCACACACAAUAUAGACCCAAUAGAUGAGUUCUUCAUCUGACUCCUUUCUGCAGUGUAAGCAGGCAGGCAGUUGUAGGACAUUUUAUCACUAUCUAACAUAAUGUAACUUGAUGUUGCCUCCAGAGAGAGACUGGGAAGCUCAUUGAAACCAUGGAGACACAAAGGACCGAACUUCCUGGUGCUCAGACCUUCAUGCCAGUCUAGGUUUGCAUCCAAAAUGUCACCCUAUCCCCUAUGUAGGGCUGGUGGGCUCUAGUCAAAAGUAGUGCGCAGUAGGGAAUAGGGCGCCCUGUUGGACGCAAACUAGCUAGGCUAGGACGGGUAAAGCCUAUAGUAAAUGAAACAAUGUUACGCCCAGGGAUUUCAGAUGCACAAUUAUUGUAUAACCAACUAGGCUACUAUGCAUUUUAUUACCAGUGGAAGUAGAAAUGGAUACAAAUAUGUGCCGUGAGUGGGUAGAUACAUGUGGUUGUCUGUGCACUGUGAAAGCUGAUCUGUGUGGCAUCGGAAUGGUAGCGUAUCUGAGUGAACUAAAUCCUUACCCCAAGAAUGCACUGUCUAUUAGGUCUAACUCUUGGGUCAGAGGUUAGUAUUGUACAGUAUCAUUAUCCUAUUUUUCUAGAAUUAACACAUUAACACAUCUUUUAAUACAAUACUAAACCAUUGGUUGUAUUGAGUAGACCUUGCCAAACCACUGUGUUGAAAGGACACAUUUUGAUAAGACAUUAAAUGCUGAUAAUUCAUUUAUUUUCUGGGAAACUUCUUCGUAAAGCUGCUUGUUUCAAGGACUGUGUUUAGGCUACAUAUUUUUAUAAUCUGUGUUUUCAAAGAUGGAUUUAAAACUAGAAUACAACAAAAGACUAGAGAGCUAAGAGAUACUGCUUGUCUGAGAUGAUACUCUAUACAUUAUUAACAAAGUGUUGGCUGACAUUACCAUGAGGCCUUGCAAGGCUGUCUAUAACUGUUUACCAAACUGAUCGUCUAGAGGCCGAUUUCUUAGACCAAUUAGCCUAAACUUGGACUAAAAAGUGCUUUUCAAUGGAGAAUCUCCAUUGAGAGUGCCUUUUAGUCCAGAACUAUGCGUAAUCUGUGUCCCGGAAACCAUCCCUUAAUAAUUUAAUGAAUUUAAAGACGUGAGUUGUGAAAUAGGAUGGUUGUUGUUUAAUCAUGUUCCUAAAAACAAUUAUGAACCAGCAUUAUGCAUCACUAAAUUAUUAUUGACUAUUCCCACUAAUUUGGGAAUAUACUGUCAUUUGUUUCAGAUUGUUUUUAAGACGUGAUGAGGAAUGUAACUCCAAUACCUUUUGUACUGAUGCAUUGGGUAUCAUCUAUUGAGGCCUGUUUAUACCUGGUGCUAACAUCUGUACAGAUCUUGUCCACAUUCUGAUUGUGACCACAUUUUUUGACUGGUGUAGACUAUUAAAAUAACCGAUUGUGAUCAGAUCUUCCUGACCACCUUCGGAGGGAGUCGGGGACAAAUUGAUUGGUUGGAUAAAAGCACAGUGGGCAGAGUUUGGUAAUGAGGAUGUUAGUGCUGGUCCGGGUGUUUGCAGUGGGUGAAAAGUGAUUGCAUCUGUUUUGAAACCGGGCUGUCCCACCGGGUCUCUAUUCAACGCCGAUGUUGAAGUUGGCUCAGAACAAAGUGAUGUAGGCCUAUGUCAAGCACGUGAAGUAAUGACUUCGGGCUGGCUGGAGUCAAUCUGUAUCGCCGAAGUAUUACGGAAUAUCCAGGUUAUAGCUCAAUUUAAAGGCGAUAUUCCUGCGUUCACGGAGACUGCAUUCACGGUAAAUGCUGCAUAUUUUCGGCUCAAUCAGAACUUGCCUUUACAUUUUAACGCUGAUCUUCCGCGAUACAGAUUUAAUCCACCCCUUAGGAGUUUUUACAUGUUAAAGUGUUGUUCGCUCUUGAUAAAUCUCAAUGCAACUUUAUAAUCUACUGAUAUAGGAAAUAACUAACUUACUGACCUUUAAAAAAUAAAAUAAAAAGUGUUAGGAUGCUCUCCCCCUUACUGGCACAGAAGGUCACAGGUUCUAAUCUUGCCGAUGCCCUUUCUCAAAAAAGGUAUAUUUAUAUUUAUUGGACACUUAAACUAGGAAUAUUCUUUGUUUAGUAUCAGCAACGCUGCUGGAUAAGUAUACAUUUGGAUUAGGUCAGUUUCAGUAGACAAAAUGUCUUAUACAGUACUCUACAUUUUAUAAGUCUGUAAUAAAAUAAUUUAACCACUGGA